UCUCACACAGGGAGAAUAGAAGACAGUUUCACUCUUCUGUUACUGCCGAAAUUUGUUUCAACAGUCACUUCGAAAUCCCUCAAUUGAGAUCUACAAGGAUCUAGAAAGUUCUCGAGGUUGAUCGGGUCGGUUCUGUUUUUUUCGGGUCGUCAGUGUUUCGGAUCCGGAUCUGCGAAUUCCGUUCGACCUGAAGGAUUUUUUGUGACUAAGUUUAAUAGUUGAGAAUUAAACGUCGCAGCUGCCUCAAACGAGCUUAGGAAUUAGUGGAAGUGAUUAACAAAAGAAUUCAAAAUACAGCGACCAGGUUCAGGGGGCGAUUUGCCCCAAAGUGAGUUCAGCCCUUUUCCAGUAGCACGGAGGGUAAAUUCUUUUCAAACCGUUGCAAUGGAUGAUGACAUGGAAGGAGGGAACUUGGGUCCUUACCAAGACAGGCCAAGGACAUUUCCUAGCAUGAAGAGUAAAGCUUAUGCACCAUGGAUAUUUCGUGUUCUCAUGAGGAUAAACUCUCGCAUUCUUUUGGUGCUGCUGCUUGUUUGUUUUGGAGCUAUCUUUUACAUUGGUGCAAGUACCUCGCCCGUCAUUGUGUUUGUGUUUUCAGUUUGUAUCAUCAGCUUUUUCGUGUCAAUUUAUCUUACUAAGUGGGUGCUGGCAAAGGAUGAGGGACCUCCUGAGAUGUCCGAGAUAUCAGAUGCAAUACGUGAUGGAGCCGAAGGUUUCUUCAGGACUCAGUAUGGGACCAUCUCCAAGAUGGCAUUAUUGCUUGGACUGGCUAUACUUGGCAUAUAUUUAUUUCGUAAUAUAACUCCUCAGCAAGAAGCGUCUGGCUUAGGCAGGGUAACAUCUGCGUUUAUUACGGUGGCUGCAUUUCUUUUCGGGGCUCUAUGUUCUGGUGUUGCUGGGUACGUCGGCAUGUGGGUGUCAGUACGGGCAAAUGUUCGAGUAUCCAGUGCAGCAAGACGGUCAGCUAGAGAGGCCUUGCAGAUAGCUGUUCGUGCUGGUGGAUUUUCAGCAUUGGUGGUUGUUGGUAUGGCUGUAAUGGGUGUUGCUAUCCUGUAUGCAGCUUUGUACGUGUGGUUGGGGGUGGAUUCGACUGGUACAAUGAAGGCAACCGAUUUGCCUCUUCUACUAGUUGGAUAUGGUUUUGGAGCUUCAUUUGUUGCCCUUUUUGCUCAGUUGGGUGGUGGAAUAUACACAAAGGCUGCUGAUGUUGGAGCUGAUCUUGUUGGAAAAGUAGAGCAGGGCAUACCUGAAGAUGACCCACGGAACCCUGCUGUAAUUGCAGAUCUGGUAGGAGACAAUGUUGGCGACUGUGCUGCUCGAGGUGCAGAUCUUUUCGAAAGUAUUGCUGCGGAGAUUAUUAGUGCAAUGAUACUUGGAGGAACCAUGGCUAAACGCUGCAAAAUUGAAGAUCCAUCCGGCUUUAUUCUGUUUCCUCUAGUUGUUCAUUCAUUUGACCUAGUUGUAUCAUCAGUUGGCAUAUUCUCUAUCCGGAACAAAAGGGACUCUGGAGUAAUUGGAACUAUAGAGGAUCCCAUGAAAACUCUUGAAAAGGGCUACUCGGUGACAAUUUUUUUAGCUGUUCUGACAUUUGGUGCGUCUACACGGUGGUUACUAUACACCGAACAGGCACCUUCUGCUUGGUUGAAUUUUGCUUUAUGUGGUCUGGUUGGAAUUGUAACUGCCUAUGUCUUUGUUUGGAUAUCAAAGUACUACACUGACUACAAAUACGAGCCCGUGCGUACCUUAGCCCUUGCUAGCUCUACUGGUCAUGGAACAAACAUAAUUGCGGGUGUUAGUUUGGGUCUGGAAUCCACAGCUCUACCUGUCCUUGUCAUAAGCGUGGCUAUUGUUUCUGCUUUCUGGCUUGGCCGCACUUCAGGAUUGACAGACGAAGCUGGAAAUCCAACUGGGGGAUUGUUUGGCACUGCUGUAGCAACUAUGGGAAUGCUUAGUACAGCAGCGUAUGUUCUCACCAUGGAUAUGUUUGGUCCAAUAGCUGAUAAUGCUGGUGGGAUUGUUGAGAUGAGCCAACAGCCUGAAAGUGUUCGUGAGAUAACUGAUGUUCUUGAUGCUGUUGGGAACACUACCAAAGCUACAACCAAGGGAUUUGCAAUUGGGUCUGCAGCACUUGCAUCAUUUCUUCUGUUCAGUGCCUAUAUGGAUGAGGUAGCUGCAUUUGCUCAAGAACCCUUCAAGCAGGUUGACAUAGCGAUACCUGAAGUAUUUGUUGGUGGAUUACUGGGCUCUAUGCUCAUCUUUCUGUUCAGUGCUUGGGCCUGUGCAGCUGUUGGUCGAACUGCUCAGGAAGUAGUCAAUGAAGUAAGAAGACAGUUUAUUGAGAGGCCAGGGAUCAUGGAGUAUAAGGAGAAGCCAGAUUAUGGUCGAUGUGUGUCCAUUGUUGCGUCUGCGUCUUUGAGGGAGAUGAUUAAACCUGGAGCCCUGGCUAUUAUAUCCCCCACAUUAGUUGGUUUUCUUUUCCGUGUUUUGGGCUACUACACGGGGCAUCCUCUUCUUGGGGCUAAAGUUGUAGCUUCCAUGUUGAUGUUUGCCACGGUUUCUGGUAUCCUUAUGGCUCUUUUCCUCAACACUGCUGGUGGAGCCUGGGAUAAUGCAAAGAAAUACAUAGAAACAGGCGCGCUUGGAGGCAAGGGGAGUGACACACACAAAGCAGCAAUUACAGGAGACACGGUAGGAGACCCAUUCAAAGAUACAGCCGGACCUUCUCUGCAUGUACUAAUCAAAAUGCUUGCAACAAUAACCCUUGUGAUGGCUCCUAUCUUUCUGUGAGAGUUUUAAUUUAAAGAGUUUUUUAAAUAUACCUCAUGAGUCUCUCUAGGAGCUUUUCUAUGUUCACUGGAUAUAUGACGAGAGAUGUAUUUUCUGGUUACAUAACGAAUACCACAUUUUUGGCACAUGAAUUUCUAACUAUAGGCAACUCUCUUUGUAGUUUUA